GUUAUUUGGCUUGUCCCAUUUGCAAUUGUGAUUUCUCAUCAGUUAAGUUGAGGAGUAAGAUUGGAUAUUUGGGUGCGCGCCGCUGGCUACCUGAGAACCACAUUUGGCGAAGGAGCAAGCUCUUUAACGGUAAAUUUGAGGAUAGGACCAGACUUGUGGAGUUAUCGGGCCAAGAAAUAUUAGAACAAAUUAACUCAGGGACAUACGAGCCGUUUGGGAAACAUCCAAGUAACAGCAAGAAAAGAAAAAGAGAUGAGUUUGAGAAAAAUUUGAAUUGGGGAAAGAAAAGCAUUUUGUUUGAGCUCCCUUACUUUGAGUUUCUCAAUCUUUGAUGGAAUCUCGAUGUCAUGCACAUAGGGAAGAACAUAUGUGAAAAUUUGUUGGGGACAUUUUUGGGCAUAGAUGGAAAGAACAAGGAUACGGAAAAGGCACGCAAGGAUUUGGAGGAUCAGGAAUUACGCAAGGAGUUGCACCUAAAGAAGCGUGCAAAUGGGUCAUUUGAAAAGCCCCCGGCCAUGUACACAUUAUCAGCGAAAGAGAGAGAAGGCUUUUGCAAUUUCUUGAAAUCGAUCAAGUACCCAGAUGGAUAUGCUGCAAACAUCUCUAAAUGUGUGAACACUCGUGGUGGCAAGCUAUCGGGGCUCAAAAGUCAUGAUUGUCAUGUCCUUUUGCAAAGGCUUCUCCCGAUUGGUAUGCGUGGCUAUUUGAACAAGGAAAUUGGAACCGCAUUAUUUGAGUUCAGUAGCUUCUACCAACAGGUGUGCUCAAAAACAGUGAGGAAGAGCGAUUUGGAUAAACUUCAGGAGAACAUUAUACUUGUGCUUUGCAAGUGUGAAAAGAUUUUCCCUCCCGCUUUCUUUGACGUAAUGGUACACUUGGCUAUUCACCUGCCUCGCGAGCUUAAACUAGGAGGGCCAGUGCAUUAUCGAUGGAUGUACCCCAUUGAAAGACUACUUGGAGUUUUGAAAAAAUUAGUUGGCAAUAAAGCUCAUCCUGAAGGUUCAAUUGUGGAGGCUUACGUUUGUAAAGAAUGUACAACCUUUUGUUCUAUGUAUCUCGAUGGAAUUGAGACAGUGUUUAAUCGCCAAGAACGGAAUGACGAUGGUGGUGAGCAUGAUGUGGGGUUAAGGGCUUUCACUCAGCAAAUCCGUCCCUUUAGUAUAAUCCGGAGAGCACCUGAUGUACCUGUUGACCAACGUGACAUGGCUCAUUGGUUUGUCUUGAACAAUAGCCCUGAAGUAGAACCAUAUCUAAAGAUACACAAGAAUUUGUUGGGAAAUGGCAAUACACUUGACAUUGCGAAGAGACAACGCAAAGAGUUUCCUCAGUGGUUCAAACGGCAUGUGAAUGAAUUGCGGAAGCAAGGGUCUCUAGAAGCAACUAAUGAGUUAUGGUCAUUGGCCAACGGACCCGGGCCAAUAAUAAACACAUAUUCAGGGUGCAUUUCUAUUGGCGUCCAUUUCCUUACUAUUGAACGGGACAACCGUCAUACAACUCAGAAUAGUGGGGUGGUAGUGGAAGGGGAGCAUGAAGGCCAGACAAUAAACUUUUACGGUUUCUUAACCAAAGUAUGGGAAAUGGCCUAUUUAUUCGGUCAUCGAGUUGUUUUGUUCCAGUGUGAAUGGUACAAUUCCGGUUGUAGUAGAUUUUUUCGGGUUGAUGCACAUUGCUCAAGUAUUGAUGUAAGAAGUCGAUGGUAUAAGGAUGACCCAUUCGUUUUUCCAAGUCAAGUUCAACAAGUUUUCUACAUUGCAGAUACCAAGUUGGGUGAGCAUUGGAAAGUAGUAGAACGAAUUCACCGUCGAGGAAUCUGGAAUGUCCCAGAGACGGAAAGUUUUGAAACCAGCGGGUCUCCCAAUGAAGUUUUCCAACAGGAAAUAACUACUGAGGUUCCAACAAUUGUCGUUGAAGAUCCUCCCAUCGUAUCCUCUUUGCGGAGAAAUGAUAUUGAACCUGCAAUUACUAGUGAGGAAGAAGAUCAUAGCGAUGAGUAUGAAGAAAACUUAAUGGCUGAUCUAGAUGAUGAAGAAGAGGAAGAAAAUCAUAGUGAUUCUGAUGAUGAUUUUGACAUAGAAGCUUAAUGUACGAAGAAAUUUGGUGGUCCCUACUUGUACCUAAGAGUAACUGCUGAAAUUAGUUUUAGCUACUUUGCUGUUGUAUGUGGCCCAUUGAUUUGUCCACUUCAAUUGAUUUUGUUCAUUUCCUAGCCUUGGGGGAUGUCCCUUGGAAGAUCAGAUGUAGGUUUGUGUUGGUGGCUACUAUCUUUUGUGGUUAGCUA